GAAAACCAAAUACCUACCUCUCAGGGGUGCUGUGAGGUUUAAAUGAGAGGGUGGAAGGUCCUGGCGCCUAGCAGGUGUUCCACCCAUGUCAGUCUCUUGGGGCUGGGGCUGGGCAAGAGGUAGGGACAGGCAGCUUCCCCAUACCCUCCUCCUCAUGUGUCCUCAUGCUUGGAGUCAGCUGGACCCUGACCAGCCGGCCUAACUCAAGACUGGACCCUGAAAGCCCAGGAUCUAAGGACAGAACCUCCCCUCCCCACCCGGGGAAAGGGCUUUCAGUCUCCUUGACCCCACUUCUGGCCCUAAAGACCUCUGCAGCCCCCAGAGUACUUAGAGAUCCCCUGGAGUUAGGGAGGCCAGAGAGGGACAUUCUUGAUCUUCUGGGACGCAGCCUGACUUUCUGGGAAGAUGGAGGAACAGCACAUUCCUCCUAAAAUAAUUGUCCUGGAGUUAUUUCCAGAGGCUCUUAGUGCCCAGGCCAGAAACAGCCAGUGAUCCCAAUGCCUGGGUACCUUCAGGACAAACGGGACAGAGGCCCCGCCCUCUCGCUGGCUGCCUGCCUGGCCCCCAACCCAGAGCAGAUCCAGGCCAGGCUGAGGCCCCACAAGGGAACUCUUAACACCACUUCCCUGGUCCACUGAGUUCCCCCACACCUUUCUUCCUCCUUCUUGGGGGCCCUCUGAUCUCUCCUCUUGGCUCCCCAUUUCAGCAACGAUAACCACCCCACCCCAGGACCAAAAGGCUCACUGGCUGUGGGCUGGGGAGGGCCCACGCAGAGAUUUCCAUGUUACAGCACUUGAUGAUCCUGGGUCUGGUCAUUCAAAAAACACUGGAUUAAACCCAGACUGGAGAACCCUCUCCAGAACGAUGUGCUCAUGCUCUUCAAACAUGUCCAGGUCACAGAAGACAAAAAAGGGCUGAAGAACAGCUCCAGGUUGAAGGAAACCAAAGACACCUGAGAACGAAGGCCACACGUGCUCCUGGCUUGGAUCUUGCAUAGGAAGAAGAGUUGCCAUGAAGAACGUCAGAGGGGCAAUCAGCAAAAUGUGGAUGUGGACCGUAUAGUAGAUGAUUAUACUCUCCCACGGCCCAACGUCCUGUAUUUGGUCAUUGUAGUGUGGAGGUGUGAGAUGUCCGGGAUGUCCCUUCGUCCUUGGUGUGGGGACUAUUUCAUGCCGGGCCUCGCAGAUGUGAUCUGUUCUUCUCCCGGACCCAAUCAUGUUCUGCCAGAUCCUGGGUCAGGCCACGAAGCAUCUGAGCUCCAUCCUCCUCUUCGUCUUUAUUGGAGAAGGGGAUAUGGGAGCAGAGCUGUAUGUCUUGUGUUUGGUAUUAUUCGAUCCAGAUGUCAGUUGGGGUAGGAAGCAUAACCCAGAACGCUGGAACAAACGGGGUUCCCGUGAUCAGUACAAGUUCUACUCAGUGAAUGUAGAUUACAGCAAACGAAAGAAGGUCCAGACUUCUAAAUGAAAUGUUUUACUAAAAAGCUGCUUAGAAUGAAGGUCUUCCAGAAACCAUCCGCACAACUUUCCGCUCAUCCAGGAAAUAUUUCCCCUCUAAAUGCAUGAAAUCAUGUUGGUGCAUCGUGUUGGGGUUUACACGGAUUAAUAAAUAUCUAAAACUUGAAAAAAAAAAAAAGAAAAAAGAAAAUGUCUCUGUUCGUUCGGCAUGUAGGAGAUACACCCCCAAGUGUUCAGGGCUAAAAGAUGCUGCUGUCUGUAACUUCCUCUCAAAAUAAUAAUAAUGUGUGUGUGUAUGUGUGGUGAUAAACAUGGCAAGAGCAUUAAUACUUUGUGGAUUUG